AUGAAAACCACCGCCAUUCUCAUCGCUAUACCCGCGCUUGCACUCGCGAGCUUGAACUGCACCAUCAUCGCGCCGUCCGUGACGCAGAGGUAUUAUACCACUGCAAGCCCUAUGCAGUCACCGGUACGGCCUUAUCCUCUCACUCAAUCUUGCCUCGUCCUCUCCUCUUUCAAAAUACAAUUCGUUAACGCGCUAUGGCCAGGUCUUCCAUACUGCUACCAAGAGCGCGGAAACUUCACCGCGCCCCCUCUCGCCGCGACCGUGUGCCCUACGUCCUCGGCUUCCGGUAUGGCUAGCAAGGUCGCAGCACCAACUACAUUGGGCAUCGAGCCACCGCCGUUCCCGAGCAUUGUGAGUUUGUGCAGUUUGGGCGGGGCGCCGCCGCCGACUGCGGCGCCGAAGGUGUGGAAGGCCUAG